AUGUCUUCCCAGCUCAUGAGCAAGACCGUUACUCCCUUCCUCAAGGACCACAUCCCCGGCGUGUACUCCCCCAUGGCCAAGCGCAACACCAUCGAGUCGCUCCAGCGCCAAAACGCCGACCCUAACAGCCGCUACUGCUACCGCCACCGCCCCGACUCCAAGUGCCAUCGCGCCGCCGACGAGGUCAAGAUGGCCAAGAUUCAGAGUGAGCUCGAGAACCUGAAGCCCGACGACCAGCAGGCUAUCACGCACGUCUGGUCGCUCUUCUCGGCCGCCCCGGCCAAGCACCGCGACCUGAUGCUGCAGGGCAUCAUGACCCAGUGCUGCUUUCCCCAGCUCUCCCGCGUGUCGCGCGAGGUCUCUGACCAGCUCAAGAUUGACUUUAUCCUGUGCUACCUCGACCCUGUCUCCCUCUGCAAGGCUGCCGUCGUCAGCAAACAGUGGCGCGAGCUCGCCGACGACGACCAGGUCUGGCUGCUUGAUCGCAAGUGCACCAAGUGCGGAUUUGGCUUGCCAUUGCUGGAGCGCAAGCGCCUGCGCGACUGGACCCGGAGACAGCAGCUCUCGCAGGGCACGCGCGACAAGAGCGCGCGGCCGCGGAUUCCGGCACUGCCACCGACGCUGCCGCCGCCCAAUUCGCUGCGAGACCUGGGCCUGCUCAAGCGGGAGGCGAGCAGCGAGGCAUACGAGGCGCCGCAGAUGAAGCGCGCCUGCACGAACCCGGUGUCUGAGAGCAGCGGCCAGGGCAGCGAGUCACCGCAGCGCGCCACCGAGCUGGAGCGUCGCAGCCGGCCAUGGAAGGCCGUGUACCGCGACCGCUUUCGGGUGGGCUACAACUGGCGCAACGGCCGCUGCGCCAUGAAGAUCUUCCGCGGCCACACCAACGGGGUGACCUGCCUGCAGAUCGACGACAACAUGAUGGCCACCGGCUCCUACGACGCCACCAUUCGCAUCUGGAACCUGGAGACGGGCGAGCAGACGCGCGUGCUGCGCGGCCACAGGCAGGGCAUCCGUGCGCUCCAGUUCGACGACCACAUCCUCGUCAGCGGCUCGCUCGACGGAACCAUGAAGAUCUGGAACUGGCGCACGGGCGAGCUGCUCAACACGCUGAUGUGCCACAGCGGCGGCGUGUACAGCGUCAGUCUGGACGGCGAGUGGCUCGCGUCCGGCUCGGCCGACAAGACGAUCAAGGUGUUCAACCUCAUGACCAAGGAGUCCUUCUCGCUCAAGGGCCACGCCGACUGGGUCAACCAGGUGCGCAUCGACGGCACGGCCGCACGGACGCUGUUCUCAGCAUCAGACGACUGCACAGUCAAGCUGUGGGACCUGGAAACGAAACAGUGCAUCCGCACGUUUGAGGGCCACGUUGGCCACGUGCAACAGGUGCUGGCGCUGCCGGCCGACUUCGAGCCGGACGACAACCCGGCCGACACGCUCAAGGACCGGGCAGACUCAGGGUCGGUGACGAGCGGACGCGGCACGUCGCCGUUACGGGGCGGCCGAGUUCCAUCUCCACAGCCGGUGGUGGACGAAUACAACCGGGCAGCUUACGGGCUGGGGUUCCUCAACGAUGCCGACCGGCCGCUGCCGCCGCGUUACAUUUUGAGCGCGGCGCUGGACAGCACGAUCAAGUGCUGGGACACGGCCACGGGUCGCUGUGUGCGGACGUUCUUUGGACACCUGGAGGGCGUGUGGGCGCUCGACGGCGACACGCUGCGGGUGGUGUCAGGAGCCAACGAUACAAUGGUCAAGGUGUGGGAACCGCGGUCGGGCAAGUGCGAACGCACGUGGACGGGCCAUAGAGGGCCAGUAACGUGUGUUGGCCUGAGCGACUCGCGCAUGGCCAGCGGCAGCGAGGAUGGCGAGGUGCGUCUGUACUCGUUCCAGGACCGGUCUGGCUUGGAGGAAUACGGCACGCCGAGCUGA